AUGGCGCUUGUGCAGUUCUACAGGCCUCUCCAGCGCAGAGGCCUUCGCGCGACAGCACCGUCUGAACCGGAUCCAUUUGGGGGGCCCCCGAGGCCCUCAGAGCGGGCCCCACCACGAGCAAUAGGGGCAGCUAGCGGAGCUUCUGAGUCACCUCUCCUGGCGUUGGCAGCGGUAGGGGGCGUAGCAGCAGCAGCGGCAGCAGCAGUGCGGCGAAGGGUGUCGAAAACUUCUCUGUGGCAGACCCUCUUCAAGGCGGAUAUUGCCGCACGCUGCGCAAUUAACGCAGUGCUAAGGCCAAAAGAAGAUCUGCAUAUUGCGACGCUGAGCGAGAUGUUUGUAGAGAGCCAACUCGAACGCAUGAGGCAGUUCAUGAUGUGCGAAGGGCAAGAGGAGGAGGGGCGAGAAAUUCUGAAACAGCGACCACUCUUCGAUGAUCGUUUUAUCGACUACGAGGGACUGAGGCGGCUUCCCGAAAACACUCUAGGGUAUGCGCUGAUGAAAUUUCUCGAUGGAAAUUCGCUGCAUGCGGGACACCGCCAGCCCGUGAGGUUCGUGGAGGACGAGGAGCUCGCUUACAUCCUGACUCGAUAUCGUCAAUUGCAUGACGUAAUGCAUGCAGCCUUUGGUAUGGGCAUCUCAGUUGAGUCGGAGGUUGCCUUGAAGCUGAUUGAAUUCCACCAAACAGGACUCCCCAUGACGCUGCUUUCCGCCGCCUUUGGGCCCUUCGCUGCACCUCUUCUUCGCGUGCAGCUCUCUGCCGCCGCUACAGACGUAGCGCUCGCAGGAGGGGGCCCCGCCGCCGUUGCCUCCGUGACCCACAGCCUCACCGAGGCCCCCAACAGCUGGCUACAGUUGUUGACCUCGCAGAAGGAGAAGCACCCCGCGGCAUCUGCUACGCCAGCGGCAACACCGGCAAAAACGGAAGAAGAGCAGGGGCCCGUCGUGCUGUACCCUAGGCAGGUCCUCCUAAACGACUUGCUGCCUUGGGCCGACGCGGCCGGGAAGGCGAUGCGACGGCGGGUGUACUGUCUCUUUGUGGAGGAGUGGCUGGACAAACCCCUAGAUGCAUUCCGGGAGCAUUGCUGCAUCAUGCUGCCUCCUGCCCACUUGCUACCCUACUGCGCCUAG